AGAAAGUUAUCAUUAAGAACCAAGGGUAAAGGCGAUAUCAAGAUCAAUAUGGAUGAAAUUGGGGUAUUCUCGUUUCUGUGAAUGUUGAAGUAGUGUAUUAGAAAAGCUGCUAUCAUGGGGUAAUUAUCGCGACGAGGCUCUGGGGCUGUGCCUGUAAGCAAGUAUUGAAUCGAAUAGGAACGCCGCUGCGGAUCAGAAGAUUCUUCCCCAACUCAAUUUCGGUACAGUGUAUUGUCGCAAUCACAUACUAUGUCCUAUGAGACUUUGGAAGGCCUCACUACCCGAGAGAAAAUACGUAAAAUAUUAACUGAUAACUGGCGGCUCGAAGGUGGUCGCGCAGACCUGCCUAUUUCCUCACUUAUCUCGAGGGUAAAAUGGACGGAGCGGUUUAUAACAACGGUUUCCAUAAACAGUGCUACGGGCAGAACGAGGAUGAAAUGCUUGUCGGACAAAGAGCGCAGCGAGCUGCUUUCUAAAGAAGUAACAAAUCUUUACGAUGCGGCAUUGGACGGCCAAGAUCACGUCUUUAAGUUGGAAGAAAUAUUUGGUGAUUUGAUUGAAUGCGAAUUUAAGGAACAGUCUGAUGAGCAGCAAGCAACCCUCGUUGGUAUCGUCUGGUCGUUUCUGCAACGAAUGCCCGCUUGCUGUCCGGAACUUCCCGAACGGCUUGAUAAUGUACCUUCGUGUUACUUCAGCAGCGACGUGAAAUCAUGGACUCAUUUGAGGGUCGCAUCCUUGGUACAUACAAACUUGAUCAGAUUAUUGCUCGAUUAUGCGCUCCAAAUACUUCAUGGAGGAGGUGGUGUCUGUGCAGGCUCAUCAGAUCUUCAAACCAUCCUAAAUGGAGUCGGUGAGCUAAUCGAUUUAAUCUCACUUGGGGAAUUUGCCGAUUCAUCACGUUCUAAUCCUGCGGUCUGGUUUUGCGUACGGUCUUACCUCUGGAGUUUCUGGCAGCGUGCUAAUACCUUUCAACACUUCGCAUGGGUGACACGCAAACUGGGUACUUUGGAUGGUGUACGUCAGUGGCGCAUAGGGAAUCUAGGAUAUGACUACGGAUAUAGCCGGCAAUUUUCACCGUCGCCGGGUGUUUCGCUCCAGCAGCUAUCCCGGAAGGUGUCACAAACCGAUACAAAAGCGAAAAAUGUCUGUAAUUGGACAUUAGAACUCCUUAUAGGCCAACAUAUAUGUUAUGGCCUUGAUUUUCGUCUGUUUCAUGAGAGAUAUGCAGCAAUACUCGGGCAGGAGCCUGGGCGUUGUCGUUCGAACUCAUCAGAAGCCUGCGAUGGCAAACACUUUCAAAAUUGUCUCAGAUUCUACGGAGCUAAGAUUGAGAAUCAGACAGCCCAUGACGUCUCCUGUACUUAUAACUCUGAAUCCGAGCCACGGUUACCCUGGGAUGAAGCGUCAUAUAGGUCGGUUUCUGGGGCUAGAGCCGUCCAUAUUGACGCCGAAACAGGUUCCACGAUUAAAUACUGUGCUGCUUCGGACAACACCUUAACUAUUUCGCAUGUGUGGAGCCACGGACAAGGUGGACGGCCUGAAGAAGGGAUUAACCAAUGUCUACAUCGCCGGUAUUGCGCCAUCGCGAGGCGGUUGGAUUGCGACUCAUACUGGAUUGACACGACAUGCAUCCCGGAUGAACACAAGCUCCGCAAAGAAGCGAUUUCUCAUAUCAACAGAACGUUCAGCUCUAGCAAGGCUGUACUAGUAUGUGAUAAAGAUUUAAUGAAAGUCGACAUUCGCGAUUUAACCUUACAAUUGAAAGAGUCCAUACUGGUGGCUGUGAUUCUUUCAGAUUGGAAUACGCGGGCCUGGACCCUGUUGGAAGGCAUCAGGGGACGCAGUGCUCUAUAUAUUCUGUGUAAAGACAAUUUGACCGUCAAUCUGGCCGAUCUAUUGAUGGAUGUGGUCGACAAGGGCCGAAUCGAUAUUGUUGUCUUUGUAUGGCAAGUCUUUCACAUGCUUCCUUCUAAACCAUACAACAAAUUACGUGUGCUGAUGGAGGAACCUGACGAUGAAAUUGGAGAUAUGGGAUCUUGGCUAAGUAACCGACCAGCCAGCCGCAGCGGGGACGACUUUGUUAUUUGGAGUCUCCUUAUUGACCCCGAAAAACCACCUUACUCCGAUGCGGUCGAGUUCUGGAGGGCCCAAGUUGGCAGGCUUGUUCGCACUGGAUACCUCGUAUCGAGCACGAAGCGACUCAAGAAGAAGGGCUUGAGCUGGGCUCCCGAAUCAGCAUUAGUAACCUCUACGAUACCUACCGAUCCGACUAGCCUAGUGAGCCAUCGAGCUAAUAAUGCCCGCAGAUCCGAGUAUGCUAUGAUUACUUAAAAGGGACUCUGGGGCUAUUGGCUGAGUUAUGAGUUCAAACCCAAGAUGCAGUCUUUAAACGACGAUAAAGCCCCCCUGGAGAAAGAACUUGACAAAAUACGAUCGCGAUUUCUCCGCAUCUAUGAGCAUGGGAUUCUCCUACGGCCCUGCCCUUCGUGGUACAGGGAACUCACAACUUACUCUUUCGGAGAACGAAGUGAGGAUCGUUCGGAGCGAGGGACGUUAGUUGCGGUUUGCGCGUCCAAAAAAGUAUCGCGGCUUUCUCUCCAGGUAAGGGAGGGCGCGAUUAUACGAGAAUCAUAUCGUUGGAUUUGGCGGGGUGUCUAUGAAUGGCCU